AUGUACAAGUUUUCGUUGCAGAAAUGUGCGCGGGAGAUGCUCCUUAGACUGCUGGUUUACUGUAUUGGCGGAGCCCUCGCCUCCUUCUUGCGGGUCGAAACCGGACACCGGAACAUUCAGAUUGAAGGCAGAGACCCCUACCCGGGUCACUUCACGAAGGUCACCUUCACCGAGCAGACAUGCAUACGUGCCGUCUCGAUACACUGUCUUGUCCCGCUGACAGGAGCUGAGGAGAUUGAUCUCCUCUACUCACCGUGCGAAAAUGAACAAUGGCGCGUGGCGCACUAUAACAACAAGGAGGCCAGGUUCUUCCUUAAGCAACAAAUCGUCGUCAAGCAGCUGAACGUGGCCUCGCGGCUCCCAGUGUCUGUGGUGGAUCUGCAAGUGGAGCCCUGUUUCCCGGAGACAUAUCAAAACAUAUCAUGCCAAGCGCCACGACGGCACCGACGACAUCGGGCUCCCUUCCCACUAAGGGCCCAAGAAACCGGCCCCGUGAAGACGAGGACAAAAAGGGCAGCCGACCAAACACCCGACAAGAUCUAUUCCCUGUCCGACAGCCCGUACCGCAUCGACGAAAAUAUCACCGUUGCCCGGGGGCAGCGCUUUGACGUCGAGCCGGGCGUCCGGAUCACCUUCGCCCCAAACACGGGCAUCCUUGUUUACGGGACUUUGUACAUAAAAGGCAGCCUCGAACAACCGGUGUAUCUUGAGGCGGCCGAAGCGGGACCCUGGUUGGGGGUGAUCGUCUCGAGCACAGAAGCGCCAUCCAGUUUUACCUAUUUGAAUGUGAGCGGCUCGAUUUAUGGCAUCACUAUUCGCGACUCGCCUAGCUUCCCAACAUUCGACCAUGUGAUCGCUGACAGCAAUCGGAAUGGGUUCACCUUCGAGACGAGCAAGACGCCGGCCACCGACGACACCCCGCUGCGAGUCUUCAAGGCCUCGGCUGUGCAUUCAGCCGAAAAUGGCUUCAAUGUCGUGGGAGAGGCAACGAUCGAGCCUACCCCACUCGAGCACCACGAA